AUGGCGGAAGAGUUAACUGAGAAGUGGUCUAGUCUAAAAAUAACAUAUGAGGAGGAAGAGAUUGCAGAAUUCGGCGAUUCCAGUUCGAAUACCCAGGAAAGCAAAAUGGCCUUUUCGAUUGUUGCAAAAUUGUUAACGGUGAGAUCGUAUAAUUUCGAGGCUCUUCAAAGAACCUUGAAACAAAUUUGGGCCUUGAAGCGUGAUGUAAUCUUUCGUAAAAUUGAAAAUAACUUAUUUAUCAUCCAAUUUUUCCAUUGGCGUGACAAGGAGAAGGUAUUGGAUGGUGCCCCUUGGAACUUUGAUAAUCAAUUGCUAUUGAUGGGAGAAAUACAUGGGGAUGAGCAACCUGACUCUAUUGAACUGAAAUUUUUCCCUUUUUGGGUGAGGCUAUACAAUCUCCCGCUGGACUGUCGCUCGAACAAUGAUAUUAAAACCGUGGCUGAGAAGAUUGGCAUAGUGUUGAAGGUUGAACAGGAUGAGUUGGGAUGGGAUGUUUCUCGAAGGGUUCGUGUUUUGGUUGACACAUCGAAACCUCUGCUCAGAAUACAGAAGAUUCGAAAUAAAAAGGGGAUUGUUACUGUUGUUCAAAUCAAAUACGAACGACUUUCUACAUUUUUCUUUGGCUGUGGAAUCUUGGGCCAUACAGAGAAAGACUGCCCGAAUACAGUAGAAGACGAAGAUGAGGAUGAGAAGUAA